CAAGACGGGACCGCAUUUUCUGAUCGUUUUGCGCCUUGAUUUUUAUCAUUUUUAUUUUGGUAUCUUAACACCCGCAUUUUUUUCAUAUUGUGUGAACGUGCACGAAAGGGAGUGUUCCUCGAAAAAAAAAAAGUUACUCCAUAUAUGGCGCAGUCACCCCACCUUCGUUCACCACUAACGCUGAUUCCCCAUGCUGUCCAUCCUUCUCCGGGAUCGCCUUCGUCAUGGCUCGCGCAUCAUGCCCCAGCCCAAUCACCUCCUUUAUCGUUGAACCCACCGGCCAACUAUGGCACGCAAUAUUUUGAUAUUAAUCCUCACGCGCAUUCAAGCCGGUCUGACUGUAUGCCGCCUCGUCCACCAACUGUCAAAUCCGAUUUCUCUCCGAUUAGGUCGUACACAAGUUUCUCCAUGUCUCAGCCCACUACUCCACAACCUACGACUGAUGGCUCUCUUUCAGACUAUCCUUCACCAUCUCAUCUUCGUGCCCAAGUGCCUGAAACCUCCACUGAUCCAGCACCAGAACAUGACAUCACAAGUAAGCCUAACGAGGAACCAAUCAAACCACCAGAAGCGAAAUCCAGACAAGCUCGGUCCACCUCGUCUCGAAGAAAACGCAAUCCUUUUGAUAGCGACCCCGUCGCUGGUCCUUUAUUUGGUGCUACCAAGUAUAAAGGAAAUAUCUACUGGAGAGAUCGUCAAUCCGUAUUGGAUUUGACACUCAAAGGCAAAAUUGAAAAAGGUUUCUUUCUGGCCGACGAUGACUGGACUUGCUAUCGUCGCAAUUACUUUCAGAUCAGUACGUCCUUUAUAUUGCAAGGCAUCGAUGCCUUGUACGACGGCCAGGAUCUGCCCUGUGUUAUCAAAGAAGACGGCACCUUCCAUGAAUUUCAACACUUUGUAGUGGGCAUUUCCGCUCGGUUAGCUGACAGUGAAAAAGCGAUUACCUUGAUUCAGCAUACUGUGAAACGGGACAAGGGACCCCAGCAACUGCCUGAGCUGAGAACGAUUCGUCCGGGUGGGGAUCUCGCCUUUAGCACCGUCGGUGCAAGUCAAUCGAUUGUCACUUUUGAACGUAUCCAAUUCAAAUCAGCUACGGCAAAUAAUGGUAAACGUCGAGCUGCACAGCAAUACUUUGUCCUGGUGGUGAAGCUGUAUGCAAAACUGGACGAUGAGCGACUGGUGGAAGUGGCCUCUAUUACAUCGUCGCAGCUUGUGGUUCGAGGACGGAGUCCCGGACACUAUGCUGACAGCGCCAACCGGUCUACUCCCGACGCAACGCCUGCGCCGCAAAAGAAACAACGUAACAACCACCCGAUCUCAUCCAUGCUUUCUCCCCGACCGCCGUCGAUGGUGGUCAAAUCUUCCACUCCAUUACCCGCCGUGGAAUAUUCCGAUUUGGGAUACCAUGCUCCUUUGAACUCGCCGUUUGCACCUUCGGAACCGGAAAGACAACCUUAUUUGAACUCACCAUUUGGUCCUUCGGAACCCGAAAAGUCAGUCAUCGAUUCCACACACGCACGGGAUGCUUCCUCCACAGGGUAUAAAUCAUACCAUCAGCGAUAUUCGUCUGGAGCUCCCAAUAGCCGCCAACGAACGGAAACAUCGGCCUCAGAUCCCUACUUGUACACUACGUUGCAUGGCAACGGUCAGGCGCCUUCGAAACCGUCCGAGUUCUCCAUGUAUUUACCGUUGGAGCAAUUGAAUGCGCCGUCUUUGCAUGAUCGUUGGUCACGUAUACGCGUAGCCUCCCAUCCCAGUCACGGCAGUAGCGAUGGUGCACAUUCUCGUAUGUCCCCUUAUUUGCAUGGCGAUUCAACGCUAUCAACCAAUGUUCAUUUAUAUGAACAUCCAUCCAUGGCCCCUUAUUCCAAUCAGCCUCAUACCAAUACGGACUCGAUUCCACCAUAUCCUUUGCUUGAUUCUCAUCGUACGCUCACGACGAGUCACAGUUUACCUUCACCGGGCCAUUCUUCUUCAUACCAAGAUUGGCAUUAUCGCAAUCAACAAGUGUCACAAGCAAGACAACACUAUAUCGAGCAUCCAUUUGAGCCACACAGUCGUCACCAUUCAUCCAAUGAUACGCAUUAAUUCCCAAUCAACGAACCUAUUUCAUUUUUCAAAACAUGACAUGCACUGACAGUAGCUGCUAUUGUAGAUAUGUUGUAGUCGAUCAUCUUGUUUUUUCAUUCCCCUCACUCAUUUCAGCGUUAUCUUCAUCAGAUCUCGCUAUACACUCGUUUCCCUGUAAUC